CUUCACUAGCGCAACGGUCUGGACUCGGGCGUGCCCUGCAAAACUGCAUCAUAGAUCUGGAGUAGCUCGACCUGUGGCCAGCCGAACACAGCGGUCCGCCUCGGUCGAAACUUGCUCAGCUGCUCAGCUCCUUUCAAACCUCCACUCUUGGUUUGAUAUGUAGUAGACCUGCUAAUUCGUCGCGCGAACGAUCGCGCCCUCCACAGGCGCACGAGAGUGCGGGGAUGCCGGACCCAUUUCCAUCUUGCCCUUCGAGCCUCGCAAACGCUAUCAGGCCGCUGUCGAACUAUCUGGGCCUCACGACGCUCCCGCUUCACGUACACGAAAUUCUCUUCGCAUACGCACUGUACGAGGGCAUAUUCCGGUUUCUGUCGCCGCUCCUUUCACGGACACUAUGGCCGAGGAAGUACAACUCCUUCUCUCGCCGCAACAGGCUCAACUGGGACGCCCACGUCGUCUCCAUGUACCAGGCACUCUUCAUCAACACCGCAGCUCUGUGGGUCAUCUUCACGGACCCUGAACGACGUAUCCAGAACGAGCCGUCAAACUGGGCUGGGAGACUCUGGGGCUACAACGGCGCGAUAGGGAUGUGCCAGGCUUUCGCGGCAGGGUACUUCCUCUGGGAUGUUUUGGCGAGCACGAUUCAUCUGGACGUCAUGGGCAUGAGCAGCCUGGUGCAUGCGAUCGCGGCCCUCGGAGUCACGAGUAUUGGAUUUCGACCCUUUGCAAACUACUACGGGCUCAACUUCGUGCUCUACGAGCUGUCGACGCCGUUUUUGAACAUCCAUUGGUUCCUGGACAAGGCAAACAUGACGGGCUCGACAGCCCAGCUCAUCAACGGCAUCUUGCUGCUGGCCUCAUUCGGCGGGUCGAGACUGGUGUGGGGAACGUACCAGUCCUGGAUGAUAUACAAGGACAUCUGGCACGCGUGGAACAAUCCUCGGCCGUCGACGGCAGAGUGUCUCAAGUACGCGCUGUACCAGCGGCGCGGGGCCGGCUUGGAAAUUCCGCUGACAUGUCGAGAGCUGCCGAACUGGCUCGCUCUCCUGUACGUUGGGGCAAACACGGCCCUCACCGUGCUCAACUUCUACUGGUACUCGUUGAUGAUCGCGGCGGUGCGGAAGCGCUUUGUACCAAAGGACGAGAAAACCGGGGCAAAGGCUAAUUCAAGAAAGAACAAGCAGACGUAAUGACAUUGGAACCCUUCAACUCUGGACUAAUGCCAUGGAAUUUGUUGAUAGCAUGAUGAUCAGUAAGCUUGUUAUGUUUAUGAUUUCUUCCUUUCGAUCGCGCAUGUGUUCUCUACCCUCUCAACAUAGCUGACUAUCUGCUAACCCUGGACUUCUUUUCGAGUUCGACCAAGUCCAAUCAGCCGUCUUCG